AUGGUGCAGGAGAAGAAUGACGGGAUAAACAAAGACAUGGUCCUUCCACCAAUUCAACAGAAUAGACCUGCAUUGUCAUGGGAAUUGAAGAUCAUGAAAAAGCUGACAUCUGCGCCUCCCUGUCUGGGCAAGUUCAGACCAGCUGUGGGCCAGUGCUGCCACCAGUGCACCCCGGACAGCCUGCGUAAGAAGCUUGGACAAAACUCUUCCCUUGGCUUCCACAACCUUCUGAGUGUCAAGGAGACACAAACCAGGUAUCGAGGCUGGCUGGUGCGGAGGGUGUGCUGCGCGCUGUUUGUGAGUGGGUGCAAGGUUUACGCAAGUCCUGUUAGCAACAGACUGGAGAGAGUCUGUCAGAGCAACAGGGUGAGGGAAGUGCUCACAGCAGAGCAUGAAGCACCUGAGGGGGGAGACGGCCGAGGGCAGCUCAGCCACCUCUCAUCAUUCCUCCCCCUCCUUAAAACCUGCAUCUCCCCUGGCCUCUUACGACUCGUGGGCUGGGUGAUGCUGAAGAUGUUCGCUUCCGUCUUUGGCAGUAUUCAAGUUAACCUCAACCAUCUGUCGGCUUUGCACAGAGUCUCACAGGAGGGAUCUCCGCUGGUUUAUGUCUAUGUGCGUCAGAGCAUCGUGGACUGUGCCCUCAUCCCUCUGGUGCUCUUCUGUCACAGCCUGAGAGUCCCAUACACUGUUUGUCCUCUCCAGGUUUACAGCUCCUCCUUAAGAUCAAUCCUGCAGAAAGUAGGCGUGGUCCUCCUGCCAUCUUCUGCACUCACAGAGCAGGAAGCUGAGACGGAUAGUCUGUACUCACCUGUCAUGACCUCUCUGGUACGUGAGCUGCUACAUGAGGGCCAGGCGAUAAGUGUCGGUGUGUCAGUGGAGUCUGGCCGAGGCGGCCAGUGGCUGGCUCACAUCAGACAGCUCAUCAAAGAGGGAUCUGUCCCCGAUGUCAGUCUGGUCCCCGUGGGCAUCUCUUACGACUGCUUGCCCAAGACCAACAUGCAGGUUGGCUUAAGCACUGUGUUGCAGUGGCUGUGGUCUCUUCUCUGGAGGAGACCAGGAGGAAGUGUGAGGAUCCACCUCGCACAGCCCUUUUCUCUCAAGGAGAUGUGCGAGUCAGGGAGGUGCAGAGUAGAUGAAUGGCUCCCUCUACAGGACCUGUUGCUGCCUGUUAUCCUCAAUGGCAGAACUGACUGUGUGUUUGGGCAGAGGAGGAUGUCGUGGCUCUUGCCUUCUUCUCAUUAUGCGUCUGAACCUGAAGAGCCAGCUCAUCCAGAGAGAGACCUCAGCAUCGCCAUCAUCCUCCACCUCAUCUUCUCUGCAACUUCCUGCAUGGCUGUGAUGUCCACCAGUCUAGUGUCCAGUCUUUUGCUGUACAAACGCCGCAAGGGUGUAAGUGCAUCUGUCUUGUGUCGUGAUGUGGCUUGGCUCACAGAGGAACUCUUGUUCAGGAACAAAGACGUUGGCUUUGGGGGAAGUUUGGCGGAUGUCGUCCACUAUUCGCUCUCCCUGCUCGCCCCUCACCUCAUCAUAGCUGCAGUGCCGUCUAGGACAGACCCUUUUAUUGUGCCCCGUCCUUCUCUUGCUGCCACUCUUCACCUGGCCCUGCAGGCCCAGACUGUCACACGCACCUUUAUAUUGGAAGCUGUUGGUGCGUGUGCGGUGUCGGCCAUGCUGUGCGAGGUGGCCGUCAGUGGCGUCAGCAGCAGGGUGAGGAGUGACGGCGUGGAUGGAGAGGAGGUCAGGGGUGACAUGGAGUUUGAUGUGGUGCUCUGUCAGUCUGAGCUGACUGAGCGAGCCCUGCAGCUCUGCCAUCUCCUGCCUCCGGGCUCCAUGCCACCCUGUCAGUCGUCCCAGAGUUUUGCUCUGGACGCCGUUGACAGUCUGGUGCGCUGUGGCAUCCUGAUCAUGGAAGAAAUUCCCAGGGAUGUUCCCAUUUGUGAUUUCUGGAAAAAAGAGGGUGCUCUGACCUGGACCACUACUGAUGACCCCUAUCACAGCGACUCUGACUGUGAAGAGCAGGACCUGCAUUCCUACAAGAUAAGCCAGCCAAGCCAGUGUCCAGACAUGCUCUUCUUCCUCUGCAGUAUGCUAGCUGGACAUCUGAGGGCACUGUGUUGGACCACGACAGGACUGGACCUCAUAGACACACCUCUGCUAGAAGCAGAGUUUGUGGCUCAGAUACACUCCCAUCUGUGUGACACAGCAAAUAAGAAGAAACAGCACUAUGAGAGCUGCUCAGAGGAGGCUGCACACACUGCAGUUAGAACACUAAUAGACCUGGGGGUCCUUUCGGAGGAGCGUCAGAAGAGAGGCGUCUUCCUGGGUGUCAGCCCUUUGUUCCAGUUGUCAGAAAACAGGCAGAAACUGCACCGCUUCAUCUCACAGUACCUCUACAAUUAA